CUCUACCUCAGAGCAACUCACCCAACACUGACCCCCAAAACUCCGACACGAAAGAACAGUUAACAAUGUCGGACCCUAAUGACGCAUGGCGAACCGAUGCACCUUCAGGAGGUGACGGCUACGGCUCCCCUCGACGCGAAGACACCAACGGUCGAUCUCCUCGAAGAGACAGAGACAGAUCUAGGUCUCCUGCAAGGAAUGGAGAUGCCGAGAGACCUACGAGAGAAUCAGAUGCUGCCAAUACUGGUAGCAACUUGCACGUCAGUGGUCUCUCACGAAGUGUCGAUGUUCCCAUGCUUGAAAGCCUUUUCUCAAAGCACGGCAAAGUCGAAUCUGCCUCGGUGAUGCUUGACCCCCACACUCAGGAAUCUCGAGGAUUCGGAUUCGUCAAAAUGACGACUGCUGAAGAGGCCGAAGCUGCCAUUGCAGCCCUGAACGGAAUGAACUUUGAAGGCAAGAGCUUGACCAUCGCUCAUGCUCGACGAGGCAGAGCCCGUACCCCCACGCCUGGUCGAUACCACGGUGUCAAGGUUGACAUUGGACCUCGAGGAGGAUACGGGUACCAAGACCGACCUUACCAGCCGAGGUCUUACGACUCGCGAUACGCCGAUCGAGGACCGCCCCCCAGGGACUACUACGACCGAAGGGACUAUGACCGCCGAGACUAUGGAGGCCGAAGAGACGACUACUAUGAUCGUCCUCGAGGCGAUUACGGUCGCCGAGAUGAUUAUGAUCGACGUGACCGAUACGACGACUACUCUCGAGGACCCCCUCCUCGUGCUGGAGGUGGCGAUCCAUACUACCGUAGUGAACGACCUGAUGCCAGGCGUGAUGAUCGCGUUCCUCCCAGGGGAGGGUAUGAUGAGAGACCUAGGUACUAGAGGCAGGGCUACCAGGUCGACCGAUGGGACUGGCACGGUCUUGAAGGAAAGAACCACUCGCUCAAGUAUGAUAGACACGUAUGUCAUGGUGUCAUGCAACAAUCUUCUUAGCAUGGAUGCAGUGCGUUUAGUGACAUCUCACAAGGAGGCAGGAGCCCUGCUUGGUGCUGCGCCACACACUUCUACCAGACCAG